GCCGCCGCCGUCAUGGCUGACAACGCCGCCGCCGCCAGCCUGGAGAACCACCGCUUCAAGAGCUUCAAGAAUAAGGGCCGCGACGUGGAGACCAUGCGAAGACAUAGAAAUGAAGUGACAAUUGAACUUAGAAAAAUAGAAGGGGACAACAGAGAAUGAGGUGGCUGGAUGGAGUCACUGAAGCAGUAGGCCUGAGCUUAAAUGGACUCCAGAGGAUGGUAGAGGAUAGGAAGGCCUGUAGGAACGUUGUCCAUGGAGUCGCGAUGGGUCGGACACGACUUUGCAACUAACAACAACAACAAACAGUUGAAUAAAAGAGAUGAACAUCUGUUGAAAAAAAGAAAUGUGCCCCAAGAAGAAAGUUUAGAAGAUUCAGAUGUUGAUGCUGACUUCAAAGCACAAAAUGUUACACUAGAAACUAUAUUACAGAAUGCUACUAGUGAUAACCCUAUUAUCCAGCUGAGUGCAGUUCAAGCUGCAAGGAAAUUAUUAUCAAGUGAUAGAAAUCCUCCUAUUGAUGAUUUAAUAAAAUCUGGAAUUUUACCAAUAUUGGUUAAAUGUCUAGAAAGGGAUGACAAUCCUUCCUUACAGUUUGAAGCUGCUUGGGCCUUGACUAACAUAGCAUCAGGCACUUCUUUACAGACUCAAGCUGUUGUACAGUCUAAUGCAGUACCUCUCUUCUUAAGAUUGCUCCAUUCACCGCAUCAAAACGUUUGUGAACAAGCUGUUUGGGCCCUUGGGAAUAUUAUUGGUGAUGGUCCUCAGUGUAGAGAUUAUGUCAUAUCACUGGGAGUUGUCAAACCGCUUCUAUCCUUCAUCAACCCCUCCAUUCCCAUCACUUUUCUCCGGAACGUCACAUGGGUCAUUGUAAAUCUCUGCAGGAAUAAGGAUCCCCCACCACCUAUGGAGACAGUUCAGGAGAUUUUACCAGCCUUGUGUGUUCUAAUAUACCAUACAGAUAUAAAUAUUCUUGUGGACACUGUUUGGGCUUUGUCCUAUCUCACAGAUGGCGGGAAUGAACAAAUACAGAUGGUGAUAGAUUCAGGUGUAGUACCAUUUUUAGUCCCUUUGCUGAGCCAUCAGGAAGUAAAAGUUCAGACUGCAGCACUAAGAGCAGUUGGCAAUAUAGUAACGGGUACUGAUGAACAGACACAAGUUGUUCUCAACUGUGAUGUCCUCUCCCAUUUCCCAAAUCUUUUGACACAUCCUAAAGAGAAAAUAAAUAAGGAAGCUGUUUGGUUCCUAUCCAAUAUUACUGCAGGAAAUCAGCAACAGGUUCAAGCUGUAAUUGAUGCUGGACUUAUCCCUAUGAUAAUUCACCAAUUGGCUAAGGGUGACUUUGGCACUCAGAAAGAAGCUGCCUGGGCAAUCAGUAAUUUAACGAUAAGUGGUAGAAAAGAUCAGGUUGAAUAUCUUGUACAGCAGAAUGUAAUCCCACCGUUCUGUAACUUGCUGUCAGUGAAAGAUUCUCAGGUAGUGCAGGUGGUUCUGGAUGGCCUAAAAAAUAUUCUAAUAAUGGCUGGUGAUGAAGCAAGCACAAUAGCAGAAAUUAUAGAAGAAUGUGGAGGUUUAGAAAAAAUAGAAGCACUGCAACAACAUGAGAAUGAAGACAUUUAUAAACUAGCAUUUGAGAUAAUAGAUCAGUAUUUUUCUGGUGAUGAUAUUGAUGAGGACCCCAGCCUCAUUCCUGAAGCAACACAAGGAGGUACUUACAAUUUUGAUCCAACGGCCAAUCUUCAAACAAAAGAAUUUAAUUUUUAAGCUCACGACAAUGCAGCUUGACUACCCUGCAUCGGUAAAAUACACAACCAGAUAUCUACCAUUGGAAAAACAGGCUCCAAGCACAUGCCCCUUUGUCUGAUGCUUCUAAAAGCAAGUUGUAUAUCAGUCAUUUUGCAGUUGCCAAAAGUACCUGUCACAUGGACUGUAAAUGCAUAUGCAUGAUCUCGUACACUGUUCAAUUUUUUUAACAGUCUCUGCUACCUUUCCCCUGAUUUUUUUUCCUUUUCCCGUGAGGCCACAAGCUGAUAACUGCAGUCUACAAUUUUAAGAAUAUCUUUUCGUGGUGGCACAUUGGCUUCCCACACAAGAAUAGCUUUCUAUGGAAAUAGCGUGCGAUGGAUCAAGACUCUUUAGUGGAAGACUUCUGAGAGGCCCAGUCUAUUUUAUUUUUUUUUGAGCCUCAACUGUUGUCCUCUACAAACAUAUUUUCAUAUAUUUAAUGUGGAAGAUAAAUAAAGGAAAAGCAAGUCAAAUUAUUUUCAUUGGUGAUACUGACAUUAAAAAAACUUCUUAAAAACUUGGUAAUUAAUUGGUUUAAAACAGACUACAUAUAUCAGUAAUUGUGUUCAUUACUGCCUUAGAAGCUUGGGCUUGAAGAAUGAACAUUGUAUUUGGACUAAUAAAAAGGUGACCAUUAUUCCUAAUUUCUAAGAACAGCAAGCUGUACUUGACCACUCUUCAGCCUGUGUGUUCCUGCUUUUUUUUGAAAUAACGAAAUGCUGUGCAUGGUAUUUUACCUGAGCUACCACCUAUUAUGGACUUGAACUUUUGUUUUAAGCUGAAAGCAAGAGUCCAGCAUUAAUGUAACAAAGCUAUUCCAAAUCAGCAUUGGUUGACAAGAAUCUUGCUUUCAUCUUUCAGUAGUCAAUAUAUUUUGGGUUUAAAUUUAUAACUGAAUAAUGUUGAUUUAUAUUGGUUUAAACUGUGGAGCUUUCAUGUUUACUGUAAUUUAGUCUUAAACUAUUUUUUUACUUACCAGUGCUUACGAUGAUGUGGUUGGCAACAAACUAGCAACUAUUUUAGAAGCAUCAUAAUAGCUUCUUUUUGGAGUAUUGGAAGAGUUAUAGAAAAAAUAGUCUAUAAACUUAUUCAUAUAGUUAAAAUACAUACUAGUUGUGUGAGGCUUUGUGGAAGCUGCUAUUAUUCAGCAUAAGCAUAAAUGUACAGCUCACAACGAAGACAUUUACUUGAGCUGGUAACUUGGGAGUAAUGGGGAAAUUAUCCAUCCUGGCUCUAAAAAGGAUUUAGGAUUGCUGUGGGUAAACAUGAAAUUUAAACUGUGUAAGCUAUCAGACAAACUGAUAUUGUUGCUGUUGUUCACUGGAUGUACUUUGCUCCCAAUGCCUUGAUGUGAAGGGAUACAAAACGUAAAAGUAACGUAGUUAUUGGAUGUGGGUUGUAUUUACUGUGAUGAAGAUACAGACAGAUGCCAUGAAGAAAGCUUUGUUGAUCAGCUGUUUUCCACAAUUAAGCAAGACAUUGCAGGUGUUCAUUCUUUUACUAUAUCUGCCAAGGUAGAGCCACUUUAAAGAGUGAUCUUGUAUCACAAAGGAUACAAGUAUGUGUUUUAAAGUGCAAGAUUUUUACUUGCUAGAUAAUCUGUUUUAAUACAGUGUUUUGGCCUCUAUUUAUAGAUUUUAUAAAUUUUAAAAUCAAUUUCUCUUUAAGGUGGCUCAGACUUUUCAACUCCUGUGCACAUAAAAUUGAGUUGAAGUUCAUUGUGCCUUUUUUCUUUACCCAGACAUUAAAUUAAUUUGGUAAUUGUAUCCUAUUAACAUUAUAGUCUAAAAUCCUGAAAUUGUGCUGUUUUUGCUGAAAACUAAGUAAAAAGAAAAUCAAACUUAGAUUUUGUCAAUUUUGGGAAUUUCAAAGCAGAUAUGCAGUUAAUAAUGUGAACAAAUCUCUUUGUAAACAGUAUCCUCUAUGCCUAUAUUCUUGUCUUAGAUACUUCACUCAAAACAAGACUGAUGAUUUUUCACUACUGUGAAUAAUGAUUUAUUUCUUGCACUCAGUGCAUUAUAGAUAAACAUAGGAAAAUCAAUUUAGAACAGUAACUUGCCUUUCUCUCAGUUCAUUAUCACCUUAUCAGCUCUUGAUAGAGAUUCAACCAUUUUGUAUUUUUCAAAAAGGGAUAAAGGCUUGGAUUUAAUUAUCUUGCUGCACAAGAGCAGAAGUUACUUGAAACUGUGUUGAGAGAAUUGCUGUUUUUAUUUUCACUUGUUCUUUCCCCCCUCCUUCCAUCUACUGUCCACAGAAAGUGGUGCUGGAGGGGCCGGAGACCCUCCAAAACUGCUUUUGAUAGGAGAUGUCGAUAGUGGGAAUGGGCAAUACGAUCUCUAACCCCGUAUGUGAGUUUCUUCCAUUUAUGCCAUGGAAUGGGGUCUUUAUAUUCAAGCUAAAAUAUAUUGCUGCACUUUUAAGUUUUCAGAAGUGUUAAAAUUGCAUUGUGUUUUUUUUAACUCUCAGUUAACAAGAGUAAAUUGUUCCUUCAACAGAGGCAUCUAAAUGUGUUCUUAAUUUUGUAUAUGGGCUUAGGUUUUAUAACCAAUAAAAAGCUGCUAUCGAAUAUUAUAAAUAUGGAAGAUCUUAUUUUGAAAACAGUGAAAAUUCAUCACUGUUUAGUCUGUUGAAGGGUUCCAUUUCUUUCUUUGACAAUGCAGUCCUUGAGAUAAAAGAUCCCUUCAAUGACCUGAUACGAUCUUUUAAUUUUAAUUGAAGUGAGCAUUUGUUUUGAAUGUUCAUCACAAAGUAAGUUUCAUAUUUGAUCCAGAACUUUGCUCAGUGCCUUCUUAAGAUUUUGAGUCCAUUGACAGAAACAAAAUAUGAUGUGAUGAUGUUUAUAAAACAUAUUGUUUUAGAUGCAUUAUAAAUUACUUAAACCUCGGUGUUGAUUUUAGAAUGGCAAUAGCAGAUACUUUUUCUCAAUUUUUUUUCUAUAUUAAUAUUGUUUUCAUUUUGCCCUACAAGUUUAUAAGUUAUGGCAAGAUUUAAAUUUAGCUAAUUUAAAGGAGUUGUCUUGGGCUGCAUGUAAAAUAUAUAACAUAAGCAAAGUAUAUAAAUAACAACUUUACUAUACAAGUAGUCCUCAACUUACAACAGCAGUUGAGCCCAAAAUUUAUGUUGCUAAAUGAAACAUUUGUUAACUGAGUUUUGCUCCAUUUUACAACCUUUCUUGUCACAGUUGUUAAGUGAAUCACUGCAGUUAUUAGGUUAGUAAUAUGAUUGUUAAGUGAAUCUGCCUUCCCCAUUGACUUUGCUUGUCAGAAGGCCACAAAAGGUGAUCAAUCACAAUGGGACACUGCAACCAUCAUAAAUAUGAACCAAUUGCCAGGUAUCUGAAUUCUGAUCACAGGGCCAUGGGGAUGCUGCAAUGCUCAUAAGUGGGAAAAAAUGGUCAUAAAUCACUCUUUUCAGUGCUGUUGUAACUUUGGUCACGAAAUAAACUGUUGUAAGUUGAGGACUAUCUACACAUACACACACAGUAUGUAUGUAUAUUGUGGGGCCACAUUACUAGCCAUGGUCACAACCGGCUUGUGAGCUGGGCAUGCCUCCUCUAGGCCAGUGGCCCCCAAUCUUUUGGGCAUCAGGGACCAAUUCCGUGGAGAGAGGUUUUUCCGCAGACCGGAGGGGGUAUGGUUUCACAUGCUACCUGCAUCCCAUGAAUGGGGCUGUGCUUGUUUGUGUGGCCUGGUUUCUGACAUGCCACAGCCCAGUGCUGGUCAAUGGACUGAGUUUGGGGACCCCUGCUCUAGGCAGAUUAGCUCACAUAAAAUAUAUAAUAAAAUUAAGCCCUGGUUUAAAAAAUGUGCUAAUUAAAGCAACCAUUAUCUUACAAAUAAAUAUGAAACCUGCUGUCAGAAAACUCAAACACAUCAUAGUAACUGCUUUUUAUAUAUAAAGUUUAUUGUCAUUAUACAUAUAUACACAGUAUACCCAUACAAUGAAAUUCACAUAACACCCAGAGAUCAAGCCCAACACACGACAAUCCGCAGACACACCCCCACCCACCAAAAAUUCCCCACCCUUAAACAACCCAAGCAUCCACACAGCAGACCAAGUAAUGCUGUUCAACAGCUCACUGAUGGUGGCCCUUUAAUUCAUUGUUGAGUGCAAUUAUAGCUCUAGGAUAAAAACUAUUCAGAAGACGUGUGAUCCAAGUUUUAAUUGUUCUGUAUCUUCUGCCAGAAGACAACAGUCCAAAAAGAUUGUAAGCAGGAUGGGAAGAGUCUCUGAGAAUGUUGUGGAACUUCCUCAAACAGUGAGAUGCAAAGAUGUCAUCCAGGGCUGGUAGCUGGAGCCGGAUGAUAUUCUGAGCAGUUGUAAUAAUUCUCUAUGGAGCUUUUAUGUCUGCUGCAGAGCUGCUCCCAUAUCAUGCAAGAAUGCCGUAUGUCAGCACAUUUUCAUUGGUGCUGCGAUAGUAGGACAGAAGUAGAUGCUGAGAUAGAUUUAUCUUCCUGAGUAUUCUCAGGAAGUACAGCCUCUUCUGUGCCUUCUUCACAAGCAUGUCAGCAUUCAUAGUCCGUGAGAGGUCCUCCGAGAUAUAAAUACCCAGAAAUUUAAAACUACUAACCCUCUCUACCUCCUCACCAUUUAUGUACAAUGGUAAAUGUACAUCUCUCUUCCUCCUGAAGUUCUUUAGUUUUUUAGGUGUUAAGCAUAAGAUUAUUUUCUUUACACCACAAUGUCAGCCCUUGUACUUCCUUUCUAGAAGCAGACUUAUUGUUCUUAUUAAUGAACCCCACCACUGUCAUGUCAUCUGCAUAUUUAAUAAUUGUGUUGGUGUUAUACAAUGGGGUGCAGUCAUGUGUAUAAAAGAAUAAAGGAAGGGGCUUAGCACACAACUCUGAGAGGCUCCUGUGUUUAGUAUCAGAGUAGAAGAAUGGUGAGAUCCCAUCCUUACUGACUGUGGCCUAUCUGUCAGAAAAUCCUUUAUCCACAAACAAAUCCUCUGAUUUAUACCCAAAUUGGUCAUUUUAAGAAACAACCUGUUAGGUAGAAUGGUGUUAAAGGCAGAGCUAUAUUCCACAAAUAAGAACCGUACAUAUGUCCCCUGUUGUUCCAAAUGAUUCAUACAGUAUGGACAACAGACUGCUUUACCCACUUUGCUAAAACUCAAGAGAAUGAAGUUGAAUUGUUGGUUUCGUGUGACAGAUAGAAACUACAGUAGGGCCUUUAGGACUGCAAUACAUAAAUGCUUAUGCCAUAAUAAUCUCUGCAUUUCUAAAAAAAAAUUGCUUUAGUUUCCUGCAUGCUUGACACUUAUAAAACAAAGGGUAAUUCUGGAACAUGUUGAAUAAAGAAAUGGCAGAACAUUGAUUUAGCUAAAUCUGAAUCUCAUGGUCCAAAAUCCAACCUUCAGAGAGCUUCCAAUUGACCCAAAGCAUUAGGAAAUAAUAAAAGGCUUGCUGCAAUACUUUGGCUGUUGUGUUCAUGCCAGAGCCAAAUGGUGAUUGCCAUAGGAUCUCUUUAUUUCACUCCUAAAAUGCAUUAUGAUUUUCUGUUAGAGAACGGUGUUUAUUUCCAUGCUGACUCAAGGUUGUGUAGAGCCUUUUUUUCUCCAAAGACCAUUGAGAGUAGAAUUUAAAAUAAUCUAGCUGCACCACAGGGCUGAAAAAAAGAUGGGGAGAUAUAUAUAGACCUAAAAACACAACUUCUAAGAACAUUCCUCCCAGUUAAGAAAAGUGACAAAAGUGGCCAAAGAAUUCUGUCUCUAUGAGCUGCUACCUUCUCAGAAUUGAUUGUUAAGUCAACAUUGGUUCCUUUUGAGUCACUGACCGGAGUCUGUCUUGUGAGAGGUGGGGAAGAGGCUGUGGACCCAGCUUGGAAAGGGACUGGCUACUUUUCUUUAUGGAAGGAAUGUGAUUGGUUUAUAUAUGUUGUGAGGAGCCCAACAAAAAUUAAUUGCAUUAGGAAGGAAAAAAGCAGCAUGGUGGCCCAAUGGCUUAAUGACGCUGGAGAUGGUCUAAACUCCAGCGGUUUGAAUCCUAGCAUUGUUUGGCAGAGUGAGCUCCCAUCACUUGCCUUAGGUUCUACUCAUUUAGCAGUUCGAAAGCAUGUUCUAUACAAGUAGAUAAAUAAGUACUACUUCAGUACCUAUGGACAUGUGGACAAUUACAAUCCUGCUGGCACUAGACCUUCCCUGUUGCAACACCUAUUUGUGAGGCUGCUUUGGUGGAGGGAGAAGGCCUCAGAUGAUGCUUCAGGAAAGUCAUUUGUCUUUCUUGUGUUGAAUAGUUCUCCUUCCUGUGUCACAUCUUAGGAAGCGCACAAGCGUUUACCAAACAGCUAGUAAACAGACAGCCAAACUGCUAUGCAUUAAGCACUGUAGUCUCCUGGCUAAUAUCACCACACACCAGGGGUGUCAAAUCAUCAUGGCAACAUCAUGUGAUGUAUCAGGAUAUUUUUUCCCUUCGCUAAACCGGGUGUGGGAAUGGCCAGCGCGUGACGCAUCCGGCCUGUGGGCUGUAAGGUGACAGUCCUGUCAUACACUAUAAAAAAAAAACCUGAAGAAAUCUCAAUAGGAACAGGUGUGAAAUCGUGAUUGUUGAUCUAACUGACUCUAUUGAAAUCACUACAAGAUACAGAACAAGUUUUCUUACAUUUGCUCUAGUUUUAAAAUAUGUGGAUAUAAAGUAAAAAUCACCUUAAAGAUGAGUUCUGGUGACAUAUGUAGAUAUAGCCCAUUAAGUUUUCUUGUGAUGUGGAGUUUGUCAUGAACACUUGAGUUCAGUUUAGUUUAGUUUAUAGUGUAGUCCAUUAAACUUUCUGUUUCAACUUAUUUAGAAGUUUCUGAAAAUCAGUAAGUAUGAAGGACUGGAAAGGAAGAAAAUACAAUUGAAUAAGAAACUGAAUUGAUGGUCUCUGAAAUUGUAGGUACCAACUCCCCACCCCCACCCCAUAGAU